AUGGAGUUGCCAGUCAGACCCACGACGCUUGCAUCGCAGUGUUACCCGCCUUCGUCGGACUUUAUCCUGGAUCAUCGCCAUGUCCUCUCCGCACCAAGACCGCCUCUGCGCGAGUCCGCUGGCAAUGCUCAGUAUCAUCAUUUCCAACAACAGCAUGAAGAACAGCAACGCCGACAACAGCAGCAGCAGCAACAGCAACAACUCGGUGCUCUGGUAAGGUCGACGUUUGCUCAUCAUCAGCUCUCCAUUCCUAGUCCACCCGUUGUCCCGACUCAGUCUGUCAGUUCCGCCUAUGGCACCCCCGAAUUCCUAGGGUUACAGCAAAGGCAUCAGAUGCAGCUUCGGAGAAGGGAACAUGCCAUCAACCCAAUCUACUUGUCACCUCAGUUCCUCAGUUACAGGAAGAAGCAAGCAACUAUGUUGCUUAUUCCUCAGCAAAUGGGAAAGAGAAAGUACACGAUGCGUUCGAAGCUCUGGGGUCGGAACAUGUUAGUUACUGAGUAUCUCUGGAUAGCGUAUCGUGCCAGCUUGCCGCCCGGAACCGAACCGGACCCGAAGAUGAAGAGAACGCGAAAACAGGUGUCGAGCCACAUCCAAGUUUUGAAGAACUUACUUCUGAAUCAUCGAUGCUUUCACUUCUUCUUCCCUCGACACGAUGAGAAAGAGGAGAAGAGCAGACCACGCAAGGUGGCUAAAAAGCAGCCCUUGUCGGCGACGAAGCUCAAGGAAAUCGAGUCUUUCAAGAAAAACCCAGUGCUGAUUGCCUUGGCAGAAGGUCGUCUUCCCGAUGAGCGGCCCAAUUACGAGUACUUUGCCCACAUCCUUGCACUGAAUGACCAGAUUGCCAUUAGGCCCAAACGAUGUUGGAUCUUCGUGUCACACCCCAACGUCAAUGUCCGGGGUGACGGCUCCGGAUACCUUCCCACCACGGGCGACAGGCUAGACAAGAGCGAAUACCCUCACCUUGAACGCAACCUCGAAAAGGAGAAAUGGGCCAAGGAGGAGCAGCAGAUCUUCAAAGGCUCGCUAUUACACGAGUUUACGAAGGAAAUUCGCCAAGUAGAGUCCAGCACUGUCAGAGAAGUCAGCAGGGGGUGGGAGACCUCGUUUCCCAAACUCCAUGAGCGACUUGAGGCCAUCGUCGCCGCCGAUAGUCGCUGCGACUAUUUGCACAUGAACGUCGCCUUGGAGCUGAAGGAAAAGCGAGGUUUUCCCAACCAAUCGGACUUCAACUCCUGGAUUGAGAUUAACAUCGAGCAACCACAGUUACUCAGCCACCGGUGGAAGGUAGAGACGAAGCUUGUCCGCCCGGCCGAGUUGAGCUUCGUGAGCGAAAAGUCGCCGCCGCAAACAUACUAUGAGACAAGUGCCGAGAUCGCCAUCCAAUACCAGCACCUCCCCGGUUGCGACGGGUACGACCAUCAAUGUAAUUGCAUCUCGGCGCGCCGACGUCGGGACUGGGUCAUGGUACCGUUCCCAGCUGACGCAUGGGCGCGUACUCUCACCAACUGCGCUGAGUAUCCCGCUCACCCGUUCACAGGAGUGCGGCGAGGGGCCAACAAGAGAAGGGCAACGGCCGCUCCUUUGAAGAGAGAACCUCAAGAUUCUGAAGACAAUGACGACACCGAGAGCACCAGUAGCACCCGAUCUAGCGUCAGCGGCGACGGAGGACAACCAACACAGAUGGAACUAGUUCCCCAGAUCGCCAUGCUCCAAGAGAUCUGGUCCUGCCCACCCGAGUCUCCUCUCGAGCAGCAGGAUGUUGGCCUUACCGGCACCGCAAGCCACCAGCCACAAUGGACCCGCUGUGCCGUGAUCCUUUGGACAUUCGAGACCAUCCACAGCCUCGACAGCGCCGGUAGGGUCCUCACCGCACAAAGCGGCAAGACCAGCUGGCGCUUCCUGACCGUCCUCGACCCAACAAGCCCCUACCACCAGCAAAAGGCACUGCUUAGCAGUUCCGAAGCCGCUGCUGCCGGACAAGUCAUUGGGCCAAAGCGUCACACAACAACCGCCGCCGGUAGGACUUCACUGAGUAUCAACCCCCAUUAUCCCGGGCCCUCCCACGGCAUAGGUGCAACAGAAACCUUCGUCCCAUCGCCCAUCUCCACAUCAAUGGGAACCACGCCCGGAAUUGGGGGUCGCGCCGGCGACCUGAUCGUGUCACCAGCAUCCAGCUACCAGCAACACCUGAACGCCGCUGCCGGAAUGGGCGACGUGUACACCUCGGCUGCGGUCUCGACCGCCGCAACAUCUACCACAUGGGGCGGUGGUACUGAUCCCCGGAGCUCCUUCUCCUCUGUGGGAUCUGGGGCUACGCAUUUUAGUUCUGCGGCAGCAGCAGCAGCAGCAGCAGCAGCAGCAGCAGCAGCAGCAGCAACAGACUACGAUGCCCAGUUCCAGAUGAUGCUUGAGCAUAGCAUGAGGGGAGGAGGAGGCGGAGGUGGACAUGAAGGGCAAAGAUUGGGGAGUUACGGUGGUGCCAGUGCCCACUCGGGCUUGGAGACACCUCCGCCUAGCGCAACAAUGAGUAACUCAUUUACUCACAACUUUGAUGCCGCGGGUGGUCCGGGUGGUGGGAGUCAGAAGCUGCAUUACAGCCAUCAACAUCCAGCCCCCCAUACUGGUCUUUCCCAUGCCAGUCAUCAUCAUCUUCUACAUGCACACAACCCGCCACAACCUUCAUUGAGUGAUCUGGCUACUGUGACGGAUCCGUUUUUGACCGCUACAUCUAAUAUCUAUGGUCCUUCCACCACCGCACCGUCCACUUGGUCUGCUACCAGUGGGUUCGAAUCAACCUGGUCAGCGGCACCAGCGGGGUACGCCGCUGCUAGUACUCACGCUGCUGUUAAUGAUGGUGCUCAGCAAUGGGGAGCAAGGACGUCGUCGUUGACGUCUCAACAUCUACAUCCUCAGACUUCUGCUGUUGCUUCACAUCCAUCUAGCAACCCCGUCUCAAGAGCGGGGUCGGUCGAUGGACGUUAUAGCCAUCAGCUACACCAAACAUCUCAUCAGAAUCCUCAUCAACAACAGCAGCAGCAUCAGCAAUGGCAGGGCAAUGGCACUGCCGGGGGGCUGGUUGAUGACCAUGGUCUCUGGACACCCGCCACGUCGACCGGUGCGGAGGUUCACUGGCCUGUGACUGUUGAUGAACAGCAAGAACAUCACCAGGAGCAUUCCCAGUCUCAGCAUCAUCAACAGCAGCAGCACCAUCACCACCACCAACAUCAUUAUGCGCGUUUUCAAGAUCAAUACCACUCACAUCCUAGUCAGCACCAGCACCAGCAUCGGUCUAUAAGCUCAAACUCUUCCAAAGAAAGCCACCACCACCUCUCGCAAAUGUGGGACGAGAUUGUGGCCGGCGCGAACGAAUCACAGGGGGCAGCGUUGGUGGAAGAGAUGCAAAUUGGAGAUGACUACCACCAUCAAGCUCAGUCACUCACGCGAGGAGUUAAGCGUCCUCGAUCAGCCGUAGGUCUAGGGGAUGAUGAUGAGGAAGCAGGGGAUGAGAGCGAUGAUAGUGAUGACGAAAACUAUGAGGAGGACUAG